AUGUCACAUGAUCACAAACUAUUAAUAUAUAAACCCCGUCUUUCCAAACCCCACCCGCACCCCUCCUCAGUGCUGAAGAAAAAACGGCCCCGUAGAAAGUCUAAGUGGAGCACUGGAGUCAUCCCCAAACCCAAGAAAAAGAAAGUUCCUGCGGCGACCCCUGCUGCCUUGUCUGAGUCCUGCUCCUCGCUUUCCUCCCUAUCUGAUGCCUCAGAGGAUAGUGAUGUCAUUCACCAUGAUGUCACACGCACUCGGAACGGUGAUGUCAUAGCAGAACAUCGAGGUCUGACCAACGGCUUCCACAGCAGCUCACCCCGAGGAGAGCGUCAGAAGAAACUGGCAGAGAGAGUGAUGACCGAACAGAUGCAGCUGCUCGGCGGAGAUGAUAACGAGAGAACCACACUGCCCCUAGUGGUGGAUCGCAGCAAGCUCAGGAUGAGUCUCCCGUACGGUUUCCUUCGUGGCUCCGCCGUGUUCACCGCCAGCCCGCUGUCUGUCCCCGCCUAG